CCCCCCGUGUGCUCGUUUGGGAAUACGCUGAAGGCCGAUCUGCCCAUUCUCGGUCUCACUGUACUCCCGUGAUUAGAAUACAGAGCGUCGUACGAGAAGCUGACCCGCUAACUGUUUUAUAUUUUUCUUCUAAUGUUCAAGAUAAUUUCUUUGUAAUUGAUAUUUUCCGCUGGUCAACGACUCGGCUGAUGAGCGGUGCCGUCGAUGCUCGACCCGCUUUACUGUCCUCACACACCGGAGCCACUAGAACCCCGUCCACACAGAGUUAGUACUUUAGCUUUUCUAUGAGUGAGUUGGCAUUAUGCAAUGUUCCUAAGUCCACUUGUCUUGGAUUCACUCGCUGGGUAACGGGGAAGCGGCUGUGUCUCCUGCCGGAUGCGUUGCUAUAGCAACAGGAUGCCGAACACAAGCAGGGAAGUCUUAACCGUGUGCUGCUGCGCCGUAGUUCCAUCUCUCCCAGAGGAAACGGCUCUGCCGGUGGUCUGGACACUUACAGGCAUGGCGGCAUUCAGGUCCCGCCCAGAGGAACCAAUCGUGUGAUCCCGUGUCCAACACGGAGCUCGCCAAACACGGCCCAGAGCGGCCGUCUGUUCAGCCGGCUUUGCCCCUUGAAUCCUAAUGUGACGAGAAGACAUGUGAGCCUGAGUGUCUCCAUGUCCGUGUCCGGCUGCUCCUUCAUAACUCUCUCGUGUCAUUCUAGGUGAGACACCUCUAUAUCUGUGACUUCCAUAAGAACUUCAUCCAGAGCGUCCGCAACAAGAGGAAGAGGAAGACCAGCGACGACGGCGGAGAGUCCCCGGACCACGACAUGGAGGUGCCCGAGGUGGACCUGUUCCAGCUGCAGGUGAACACGUUGAGACGCUACAAGAGACACUACAAGCUGCAGACCCGACCCGGGCUCAACAAGGCCCAGCUGGCAGAGACGGUGAGUCGUCACUUCAGGAACAUCCCGGUGAACGAGAAGGAGACGCUGACCUACUUCAUCUACAUGGUGAAGAGCAGCAAGAGCCGCUUGGACCAAAAGGUCGACGUCGGCGUUGGCGUUGGCGGCAAACCGCUGGACUAAAGCUCGCAGCACGACGCCCCCGAAGCCCGGACGCCACUCACCGCCACGCCCACGAGCCCAGAGGCUCCUCCCACCGCCGCACACCUCCUCAAGACGCCACAGACGCUAGUUGUCCUCAGAGGACGCCGGCGGAGGAGGGUUCCCUUUGUUCCCGCUGGUUGCCUCCUCACACGAGGUGCGGGGGGGCGUGUCCUAAAACUGUCAAUAUGUACAAAAGAACCGCGUCCGAUCUUUGGUAGGUGGUGUGAUGCCACUACGGUCGCUGCCUUAAGAGAGGGGGAGGGGGGGGGGGGGGCGCUGCCUUCAAGUCCCGGCUGAAUAUCAGAGCUCCUCGUUCUCUCAGUCCUGAUGGUUCAUCUUUUAGUCGCCCUGCUGGCCGUGGUGCGUUCAAAGACCGAUGGUGGUGAACGACGACCCACUCUUCUCCUUGUAACUGUUUUAUGUAUGUUUGAACACACACACAUGCACACGCACGCAUGCACACGCACACACACACACUUUCUGCAUUGCAGGUUUCGGGAGCUAAAUUAUCUUUCUUUUCUUUUUUCGCUUUAAUUGAGCUUUAAUGUGUGUGUGUGUGUGUGUGUGUGUGUGUGUGUGUGUGUGUGUGUGUGUGUGUGUGUGUGUGUGUGUGUGUGUGUGUGUGUGUGUGUGUGUGUGUGUGUGUGUGUGUGUGUGUGUGUGUGUGUGUGUGUGUGUGUGUGUGUGUGUGUGUGAUUUUAAUAUUUAAGAGCUGUGUCUUCUGGUUUCAUUCUCUGAUGUCUUGAUCUUUUGGUUUUAACACUCGAGGAGGCCUUUCUUCAUGUCGGCAGAAAUCAGCCAAUUGUAGAAGAAGAACACGGCGUUGCCAUGGUUUCACGCCCGGGGCGAUCCCGUCGUGAAGGAGUUUGUGACUUCUGUACUGGUGUUGACAUUGAAGCGCUAUGACUCUGCACUUUGGAGGUUAUUGUCUUAAGGAUGUGACCCGUGUUCAUAAGGUGGUGACUUGAGAAAAGGGAUGUGGGCUGAUUGGUCUCCAUAUGGGGGGGGGGGGGGGGGUAGCACUUUGGGCUUUCGCUAGUUAAACUGAAACCCAACGGGCGACAAGUUCACUUCAACUCUUAAGCACUGCGGGACCUCCAGGAACAACGUACAGCUCUUCUCUGCUGCGGGGCCUCGGGCCGCUCCACAGGGGCCGCUCCACAGGGGCUCUUCUUUUGGGGUGUAGGGUUUUUUGUUUUUCAGCGUCUGUUAUAUUUUCAGUUUUGCUUGUAGGUUUGUUAGUCAUGUAGAUAACGCCCAACUUUAUUAACAUAUAGGCCACGCCACAUUAACGUAAUUGUUGUAUUAGAAGAAAAACACAUAUUUAAAUAUGGCUGCUUAUUGCUCCUGAUGAUGAUAAUAAAUGUAUUGUACAGAC